CUUACAAUCUCUGUUUCGUAAUUUGCUGAAUACACAAACCUUGUUUGUUUUUUUUUCUUUUGAAUUUAUAUAUAUAUAUAUAUAUUUCUUGGAAAUGGAGGCUUGGUGAGAAUGCAAAUUCUUUUACCCUCCCUAAAACAAACCUUCUUCUUUGUUUUUUUGUAUGAACAUGGACUUAGAUUCAUCUCCAUGGACAAAACCUCGGAAUAAACUAUGUCUCCAUCCUAAACCUACAACAAGACAAUACCUAUCUAUACAAACACUAUCUUCUCUGUCAAAACAAACAACAGCACAAACACAAAAACAUUCCUCAAACAUGGUUCCUUCUAUUUUUGUUCUGUUCCUCCUAUUUCUUUCUUUUAUCUCCCCUGUUUUCUCUCUACAACACCUUUCUGAAACUUCCGGCCACCGUUUCCCCGCUAACCAGACUUUCCGGCCGGCAAAGGAGUUGCUAAAGCUCAAGAGAGUCAAUGCUUUUCUCAGGAAGAUCAACAAGCCUGCAGUCAAGACUAUUCAGAGCCCAGAUGGAGAUAUUAUAGAUUGUGUUCAAUCUCAUCUUCAACCUGCUUUUGAGCAUCCUGAGCUUAGAGGACAGAAGCCAUUGGAUCCACCCGAGAGGCCAACUGGUCAUAAGAACUCAUCAGGAGCAGGAACAGACUACUUUCAGGUUUGGACAAAUUCAGGGGAAGCUUGCCCAGAAGGAACUGUUCCAAUUAGAAGAACUACAGAGAAAGAUCUGCUAAGAGCAAGCUCCAUUAGAAGAUUUGGAAGAAAAUUAAGGAGGGUUAGAAGAGAUACUUCAGGAGGUGGUCAUGAGCAUGCAGUUGUUUUUGUCAAUGGAGGUCAGUACUAUGGAGCAAAAGCAAGCCUGAAUGUCUGGACGCCUCGAGUCACCAAUCAAUACGAAUUUAGCUUGUCCCAACUUUGGAUAAUCUCUGGUUCAUUCGGUCAUGAUUUAAACACCAUUGAAGCUGGUUGGCAGGUUAGUCCAGAAUUAUAUGGAGAUGACUAUCCUAGAUUCUUCACAUACUGGACUACUGAUGCAUACCAAGCAACUGGAUGUUACAAUCUGCUCUGCUCUGGCUUUGUUCAAACCAAUAACAAGAUUGCCAUUGGAGCAGCAAUUUCUCCAAGGUCCUCCUAUGGUGGCAAGCAAUUUGACAUUGGUUUAAUGGUGUGGAAGGACCCGAAGCACGGACACUGGUGGCUGGAACUGGGAUCGGGAUUACUAGUCGGAUACUGGCCUGCAUUUUUGUUCAGCCAUUUGAGAAGCCAUGCAAGCAUGGUUCAAUUUGGAGGAGAAAUAGUAAACAGCAGAUCAUCUGGUGGGUAUCACACAUCAACCCAGAUGGGAAGUGGACAUUUUGCAGAAGAAGGAUUUGGAAGAGCUGCUUAUUUUAGAAAUUUACAGCAAGUUGAUUGGGAUAAUAACUUGCUUCCAUUAACAAAUCUUCAUCUCUUGGCCGAUCAUCCUAAUUGUUAUGAUAUCAGACAAGGAAGAAAUAAUGUUUGGGGAACUUAUUUUUAUUAUGGAGGUCCUGGAAGAAAUGUAAGGUGUGAAUGAACAAUUUUUAUUUUACUUUUA